CAGGAAUGAUGCGGGCAUGUACAUAUAACAUGGUUCUAUUUAAAUGAGAUAGGAACAGCGACAAAAAGAAAACAGAAAUGAAGGAUUGUACAGUGCUUAUUUUGAUAGUGAUAGUGAUUUUCAAUACAGAACGUACAGGAGCCACGAAACUAUGCGAUGUACGGAUCUGGUACCUUAACCUUAUCACAGACAACGUAUUUGGUAUCGACAUGAAUGCAGAACAACUCAGCAUAAAGAACAGCAUUGAGACUCUCGUUCUAACCGCUGCAGCAAGUCAUGAGCAAAGAAUGACCGAUUGUAAUGUACUCGUAAUCUAUAGCCAUUUGCUGAAAGAGAAAUUCAAUUAUACGCCAUCCGGGAUGGGUAUUGCGUUAAACGAAAUCGAUUCUGAAGGCGUAGGUAACGUAGAUCCGGCAGAUGUUGCAUAUAUUAAGAAUACCGCAGAAAAUAAUCACGUCGAUAAAAACUUCUUUAAAAGCCCUCAAGAAAUCGAAAACAGAGUAUCUAAUAUUAACAACAAUGGUGCCGUUAUGUUUUUAGAAAAAAUUACCGAUAAAAAGAUGUGUACUUUAAAUGAAGCUAAUAACAUUGAUAAUGUCAAAUUAGUUUAUGCAAUUACAGAUCAAAGUGAUUUACACCCUGAAGAACGCGAACCGAACGAUGAUCAUUUAAAAAUUGACAUUGGAAACAUCAAAACAUUGCCGAACACCAUUGAAAAAAACACUGACCAACCAAUCGAAAUAGACGCAAAGGCUUACAGUCUUGAUAUAGACGAAACAGAGAUCUCUGAAGAAAAUAAGGAUAAUUUUGAACCAGAUUUACACAAGUAUUCAGGCGACAUACAGGAAAAACAAGACAAAGGAAAACAUGAAAACCCAAAUGAUACUAUUGCAGAUUCCUAUCUUCCAAUGUUAAAGCCACCUGGUGUGUGUUAUUCUUUUGGUUGCGUGAUAACAAACUCAUGUAAGCCUACAGAUAAAUGCUUUUCAAGUGAACGAGGUAUUUUUGGUAAAUUGAAAAAUCAACCAAUUUUACAACAGUUGACAUCCCCGGAACAAGCUUACAAAAUAUUUGAAUCACCUCCCAGUACCAAAGAGUAUGAAGAUUCAAACGAAUCACAGCAACACACAGAAUCGAAGUCAAACACAAUACAAAAUACACCUCAAAACAAACAGGAUGUCGUUCGUUUUAUGACAAAGGAGGAAGAUGCACUAGACAACAAUGGACAGGAUUUUACCAAAACAAUUGAAAUUGUGCGCAAAUAUGUAGCAGAUGAAAUAAACGCGUAUUCUAGACGAAAGAAAAUAGAAAAAUAUAAUAAAUUGCACGCAGUAGAAAAUCGUAUUAUAAGACUCGAAAAUAAUUUGCUUUAUGGAAAAUCGGAGAAAGAUACACAAACAAUAACGAAUCUAGAAAGAAAAUUAGCAUCGUUGGAAAAGGAUUUCGUCAACAUUCGAGACAUGUCAGCGAGCAAACAGACACAGUUAGAGCUUGAUUACAUUGGCAAAAGCAACAGGAAUGAAAUACAGCUGCUUGAAAACUGUUAUGUAAUUGCAACGAAACAAAAUACUGAACUAAGUGAACUCGCGGAGUUUCAAAAAUCACAGUCUAGAGCAAUUUCUCAGUUAAAGGAGAUGUAUAUUAACAGUGAAGAUGAAAGCCGACGACUCAAUGAAGUGGUAAUUGACCAAACUCUGCUUUUACAAUCUCUUUCAAGAACUUUAAAUGAUUUGAUGGCAGAAAAUUCUAGAAAUAAAGCACAUAUUUCGGUACUUCAAGAGAAAGUAGAAAACAUCAAAUGUUCGGCAGAUGUUCAUAAGCAAACCGUAAGGCAAAUAGAAAGACACACAAAUGCUAUAAAUCGAAAUGGACAAGUCCAUCAAAAUACGGAUGCAAGUUUUGAAAAUACUAAGGAAAACGAUGUGGCAUUUUUUUCAAGUACAGACAAACAGCACGCAGAUAAUGAUCAACAAAAGCCUAGUUCUUAUUCUAAACGGUAUUUUAAACGUAACGAUACAUGUCCGAAGUGUUAUUACAAUGCGUGUUUAGUGUCAUGUUGUUCGCCAUAUUCCGCCAUAUCAUGGUCUCACUGCAGUGAAAUUGUAUGUGUAAAAAACGAGAAAAAUGUAAUGGUAGCAGAUCAGGGACAACCGCAAGCUCCUGUACCAAAUGAUACAAUGGAUGAAGAACAAAUUCCGAAAGGCACUCUUGAGGAGUUAAAUUCAAAAGAAUCCAAUACUGAUGAAUCUGAACGUUUACCGAAUGGAAAUGUGAUCCCCGACGACCAGAAUGUAAAACGUGGAUUUGACGAAAUUGUAGACGAUAAUAAAUCGGUUCAUAAUGAACAAAAGGAAUACACAUUAAUAGGAUAUGAUAAGGAAGGAAAACCCGUCGUUCGUCAUAAAAGUAUUCAAAGCGAUGAGGAAGAAAAGCCUCAAAACCCAGUGUCAUCAACCGAGAAAACUAACCAAAACGCUCUGAAUGAUUCAGCAUCGGAUGAUACAAAACUAUUAUCCAAUGAUAGUAAAACCAACGCAAAUAAUAAAAAACUUCACGACGCAGUCGUUUCACCUUCCCAAAUACACCGGAGUGCGACUGAUCAGGCAGAUAAGGAAAAUAAGGAAAUCCCCGGUGACAUACAAAUGCAAUCUCAGCAAAAAGAAAUACAAAUUGAAAGUGCCCUACAAGAGUCGAGUAAAACAGAAAAUGUGGACAGUACUAGGGAUAAGGAAAAUAAGGAAAUCUCCGAUAACAUUCAAAUGCAAUCUCAGCAAAAAGAAAUACAAAUUGAAAGUGCCCUACCAGAGUCGAGUAAAACAGUAAAUGUGGACAGAACAAGGAACAAAGAAACUGUUGGCGCCCAUGCAUCUAAAAUUAGUGCAAAAGAACAAAAUGAUCAACCAGAUAAGGGGAAGCCCGCAAACCUAAACUUACCAGAUCACGGUCAACCGAAAGAUUGUUACGACCACUAUGUUCUCGGUAACCGCAAGGACGGAUUAUUCAAGGUUCGUCCGCUGGGAAGUGAAAACACCAUCGAGGUGUUCUGUGACAUGCGGAAUGGGGGCUGGACUGUCAUUCAGCGCCGGCAAGACGGCACUACAAACUUUUUCCAGACGUGGGAAGAUUACAAAAAGGGGUUUGGAGGCCUGUACGGUGAACACUGGCUUGGAAACGAUAACAUCUAUCUCCUGACUAACCAAAACUAUUACAAACUGCGGGUGGACCUAAUGGACUGGGACAAAACAAAGAAAAUAGCUUAUUACCAGUCUUUCCUGGUCGACCACGAAAGAGAGGGUUACAUGUUGCAUAUUGGUGGCUAUAGUGGGGACGCGGGGGAUGGUCUGGGGAAACACGAUGAAAGCAUGUUUUCAACUAAAGACGUCGACAAUGACAAAGUCAGCAAGGAAUUUGGCGGGAGUUGUGCAAAACGCUUCUAUGGAGCAGGGUGGUAUUAUAAGUGUUAUUCUUCAAACUUGAAUGGGAAGUUUUACAAAGGUGGCACAAUUCCGGAGAAGCGAUAUGACGGCAUUACUUGGAAACCGUGGACUGGGCCUAACAACUCAUUGAAGAAGGUUGAAAUGAAGAUAAAACCGGCAUCCGCCAAAGACUGAAUGUAUUCUUUCUUACAAUAAGUCAGUAAGUUACUUAAACUAUUAGAACAAAGACAAUGUAACAAUUUAACAUAAAAUACAUAAUAAACAUGGGCACCAUUUUAGCCAUAUGAAGUUACCCAUACAUGUGCUGGAAAUAAUACAUACAAAACAGUUUACAUCACAACAAUUCACUGUGUACAUCACAUUAUGUGUAUUGUAUAACACAGCAAGCCCUGAUUGUACAUGCCUGCACCCACUGGCAGCUGAAAUGAAAUCCAAAUGCUCAUCAGAUCAAGAUCUACAGUAGUUAACUGGUUGUCAUGGUGAUAACAUCACAUCACCUUUUGGUGCCAAACAAUAAUUUUGCUUUCACAGUCUUUGGAACGUGUCUUAUAGUCAGAGAGACUCUUCUUGCCCUAUCCAAACAAUCGCCCAUAGUCAAUCCUUGACACUUCUCUAAAUUUGCCACGUCAUGCGUGACGGUGUCUGCCUUCCUCUCAACAAUACCGUGAAGAUACACCUUGUACAUGUCUUCACAAACGAGAACGAGGCUACGAGGUUGCAGUAAUAUCGAACACAUAAAACGAUCUUCAAAAGACGUAGAUGCUGCCUGAAAUAAUGUAAAGAGUUUUUAUAAAAGUUUCAAGAAGUGAAUUAAACACACAUAUAAGUGACAUAAACCCUUUCAUCAUUCAAUGUGCUGGAUUCAAUUUUUGAAAUGUAAAUAACAUACUCAGCCCUACUUUAAAAAGUACCCUUCGUUAACAUGUAUUUUGAUAACAUAGAUCUUCUUUCUUUAUAACUGUGUGCUUAUAAGAUAUAUAUAAGUAUGCAUAAGAGAGAAAACUUAUUUGUCAGGCACCUAGGAAGCUCUGGAAGAUUUUAACACUGCUUUCCAUCCAUUUUUUCAUACUAAAAGCUGUGAUUCAAAAUAUAUAGUUUGUAGAUUUAUGUCAUUCUUUUAAGGUCAGAUAUAUUCUUAAAUCCAAUAAGGGUACAGUUUUUGAUGCCAAAUUACAAAUAACUUAUUAAACUCAAGAAUGGCUUGGGACAUCAUUUUUUAUAAUUUCAUGUUUUAUAAGCUUUUUAGUAAAGAAUGGAUCAUCAAACUUGGGGCAUUAUAAUGUAUCACAUAUUACAUGAUAUACUUGUAUUUCAAGUAAUUCCUUAUGUGUUCUGGAGACAACUUGGUAUACUGAACAAAUAAACAUGAGAUUGAACAUUUACUUAAAGGAAACACACAUGUUUGUGAUAAGCAACCGUUUUAUUAAUAAAUAAGAAAAUAUAAUUUUAUGUUUUUUAAUCUUGUUUUUUGAUAAUAUGUAACUGUUUUAGCCAGUGAUAUAUCCCUUUUAAUCAAUACCAUGAACAGACUUGUGCACAAGGCCCAAAGGAUUUCCAUAUAUCAGCUGUCUGUUUAAGCCAAUGAAUCCCAACUUGCCUUUUAUAUCGACAUCAUGUUAUGUUCAUGAAGAUAUUUAUUUUGUUUUGAAUAAACCCAUCACAUGCCAUACCCUGUUUCCCAUGUAAUAUAACCAUUACAUAUAUUUUUAUCUUGCACAUGUGUAAUAUACUUUUUAAGCGUU